AAAACUCCAAGACCAUAUGUUAUCACCAACCAAAUUAGGUAAACAUAGAAGGAGGCAUACCAAUACAAGUCCAUACCAAUACAAGUCCAACUUGGUUAUUCAAAAUCAAAAUCUACAAUAAAUCCAAACCUCCAAAAAUUGGACAUUUCCAACGAAGCUACAACCAAAUUGCAUACAAAUUCACCCCUCCUUGCCUUUGCCUCUUCCAACCUGUUGAUAGGCGGUAGAUAAACCCCAACCCUAACCUACCCGAGAGGCCGGCCUCCGCGUCGGGCGUGUGGGCCCCACGACGCCCCGGCCGCCGCCCUCUAUAUAAACAUACCUAACCAUUUUGUAGUCCAAAACUCACCCGAGCUCCUCUACUAGUAGUAGUAACGCACCAAAUCAAAUAAAAAAAAAAUCUCUACUAUUACUACUACUAGUUUAUUACAACACACCUAAAAACAAAUGGCUUUCUCACCAAAUCAAUCCUACACAACCGCAAACCUACUCAAGAAAUCCCUUUUCCUCCCCAAACCUCAAGCUCUCCAAACAUUGUACCAUCCGAAGAGAAAUGUGCACCUCCACAAGCCGUUGCACAUCUCGGCCGCCACGGGGUUCGCCUCCGUGGCCGGGCCCGAGGACUCCUCCCCGAGAGCCGGGGCGGCCCGGUGCAACGCCUACGAGGCCCGGUCGCAGCCCGUCCCGAUCAGCAUUGAGUUCGACCGGGAGGGCGCCGCGCAGAAGCUCAAGAUCGGCGCCUACUUCGCCACGUGGUGGGCGCUGAACGUGGUCUUCAACAUCUACAACAAGAAAGUGCUCAAUGCCUUCCCAUUCCCGUGGCUGACGUCGACGCUGUCGCUCGCCGCCGGCUCCCUCCUCAUGCUCGCCACGUGGGCCUCGAGGAUCGCCCCGGCCCCCGACACGGACCUCGAUUUCUGGAAAGCUCUUUUCCCAGUUGCUGUCGCGCACACAAUAGGCCACGUGGCUGCCACCGUCAGCAUGUCGAAGGUCGCGGUUUCUUUCACUCACAUUAUUAAGAGCGGCGAACCUGCUUUCACCGUUCUAGUGUCGAGGUUUAUGCUCGGAGAGGCGUUCUCGUUGCCGGUCUACCUUUCCCUAUUGCCGAUUAUCGGCGGCUGCGCCCUUUCCGCCGCCACGGAGCUCAAUUUCAAUCUCACCGGUUUUAUGGGAGCAAUGUUGUCAAAUUUGGCAUUUGUGUUUAGGAACAUAUUUUCAAAGAGAGGAAUGAAUGGAAAAUCAGUUGGAGGAAUGAAUUACUAUGCUUGUCUCUCAAUUAUGUCUCUUUUCAUUCUCACUCCUUUUGCUAUUGCUGUGGAGGGCCCUCAGUUAUGGGCUGUUGGUUGGGAAAAGGCAGUCUCUCAAAUUGGACCUAAUUUCAUAUGGUGGGUGGUGGCUCAGAGUGUGUUUUACCAUCUAUACAAUCAAGUUUCAUACAUGUCUCUAAAUGAGAUAUCUCCAUUGACAUUUAGCAUUGGCAACACAAUGAAGAGGAUUUCAGUGAUAGUAGCCUCCAUCAUCAUCUUCAACACUCCUCUUCAGCCAAUCAAUGCUCUUGGUGCUGCCAUUGCAAUCUCUGGCACUUUCCUCUAUUCUCAGGUACUAGCAUUUGCACCUCGUGCAAUGCACGAGAAACGUUUUUAAAUUUUUAUAAAAUUGAUACCAAUUCAAUUAUCAUAUUUAUAAAUAUAAUAAAAAAUUCAUUUUAAUUGAAGUAUAUUUGAGCUGAAUAUUGAAAAAAUAAAAAAAAUAAAGAAGAAUUAAUUACAAUAAUAAAUUGCCACUCAAUUUUGAAAUCAGAGUUUAAAAUUGAUUUCAAACUGAAAUCUUGGCUUUUUAAUAUCGUAUAAAUAUUAAAAAUAAAAAAGUAAGUGUGUUAUAUGUUCUAAGCUUUCUUUUUCUUUUUUCUUUUUUUUUUAGAAAAUGAAUUUCCCCUUUUUAAUUAGUUUAGGACAAAAAAUCUUGUCUAAUUUGAAUGUAACAUGUGAGUGAACAAGUUGUCACAUGUUGUCAUUCUUUUGCCCCAUCACUUUGACCCCACUCACCAAAUCUACUACCCAAUAUAGAAUAUCAAAGAAUGGAUCUAAAUUUAAUUCCACGGCUGAAAAAAAUUGUUAAAAGAAAAUAAAUCACCAAUUUUGACCUAUUUUACAAUUUGAGUGAAAAUUUUCAAGAAAAUGACAUCGUUUCAACACUUUAAAAUUGUGAGGAUGUUAGAAUUAGAAAGUUGAGUUACACUAUUGAAUAAUUUUACCAGUGGUCUCAAAAUUGCAAAAUGGAAUAAAAAAAUCGGAAAGUUAACCAUAAAAAUGACUGAAAAUAGGAAUAACUUUCAGAAAUUAUGUCUUUACUUUUUAGGAAGAAAUAAUAAAUUUCACUCUAACAAUAUAUAUUUUUUUAAUCCUGUUGUGCAGGCUAAGCAGUGAUCAAGGAGAAUUUUUUUUGCGAUGGAGAGAAGCAUGUUCAAGUAUAUUUAACAACGAAUAACAAUAUAUAAAAAUUUAAAAAAAAAAAAAAAAAGUUAAACGCAAUUAAUGAAGAUGAUGCUGCUGGAGUUUAUGAAAAAUCGUUAGUAGAGAUGACAAAAUGCGAUCGUUCAUGAUUUUGAGCGCGCGUUUUUUAAAAUAAUAUUAGGUAGUUUAGUACUAAUGUACAUGAGAAAUAUAAUAAGAUUAAUCUAUAAUUAUUCUUUAUUUAUUAGAUUAGUGGUGUUUCAUUAUCUAUUCCAAUUGUGGAAUUGUAUCGUGUUAUUUCAUUUACAAAUAAACACAUUAUUUAGUUCUCAA